AUGGAGUUCACAGCCAAAUCCAGUCACAUCGAUCUUUCUGAGCAGGAAGAGAAGACUUUGACUUCCCAUGUUUCCCCCGAGCAAGAAAAGGGACUCCAACCUGUAGCGGCUGAGCUCAACACCGAGCAUCUAUCAGUUGAGCCCACUACAAGUGAGGGAACCGGGCAUCAAACGGGUCCCAAACUGGCUUUGAUCACACUAGCGUUAUGCCUGGGUGUGUUUCUAGUGGCACUUGAUAACAGCAUCAUUGCCACGGCGAUUCCAAAAAUCACGAGCCAGUUCCAAAGCCUUGAUGAUGUCGGAUGGUACGGAAGUGCAUACCUUCUCACCACAGCUUCACUUCAGCUGCUCUUCGGAAAGUUCUACACUUUCUUCAAUGUUAAAUGGACAUAUCUUGCUGCCAUUGGCGUAUUCGAGCUGGGUAGUCUGAUCUGCGGUGUGGCUAACAGCAGUCUGACGCUUAUCAUGGGCCGUGCUGUCGCUGGAAUUGGAUCUGCGGGCAUUUUCUCGGGCUCCCUCAUCAUGAUCGCUCACUCGGUGGCCUUAGAGAAGCGCCCAUUGUACAAUGGCCUUAUCGGUGGGAUGUUCGGUAUCUCGUCUGUGGCUGGGCCUCUUCUCGGUGGGGUUUUCACAGACAAGGCGACAUGGCGGUGGUGCUUUUACAUUAACCUCCCAAUCGGAGCUGUCACUGUUCUGGUGAUUGCAAUCUUUUCCCCUGCCCCCAAUCGCCAUGUCAAGGAAUCGACAUGGAUCGAGCGCAUUAAGAAGUUUGACCCCGUGGGUACAUCUCUUUUCCUACCUGCCAUCAUCUGCUUGUUGCUAGCUCUACAAUGGGGUGGCACCAUCUAUGCCUGGAACAGCUGGCGCAUCAUUGUGCUAUUUUGCCUCUUCGCCGUCCUCAUUUUGCUCUUUCUAUUCGUCCAGUACAGAGAGCAAGAUAAUGCUACAGUGCCACCGCGUAUCUUCUUCCGCCGCACUAUUUGCUUCGCUGCCCUUUACAGCUUUUGCAUAGGUUCUGCCUUCCUCUCCUCUGUCUACUUCUUACCCAUCUGGUUCCAAGCCGUGAAAAAUGCCAGUCCCGUCAGCUCAGGGAUUAUGAACCUGCCUAUGCUGAUUUCCGUUGUUCUUACUUCCAUCAUAUCGGGAAUCAUCAUCACCCUCGUCGGUUACUACACACCCUUUAUGAUUUUCGGUACAGUCCUUCUCGCCAUUGGCUACGGUCUGAUGAGCAUGUUCCAUCCGGAUACAUCCAAAGCUGUUUGGAUUGGUUAUCAGAUUCUCGCCGGUGUCGGUGUCGGUGCUGGUAUGCAGCAAUCUAUGAUCGCUGUCCAGGUUGUCCUUGAUCUUGCUGAUGUACCCACCGGCACAGCCAUCAUCGUCUUCGCUCAGACGCUUGGCGGUGCCCUUUUUGUUUCCAUUGGAAACAAUGUUUUCAGAAACAAGCUUGUUGAGUAUCUCGCUAGAUACAUGCCCCACCUGGAUCCAGGUGUGAUUCUCCAGACGGGCGCCACUAGCCUCCACAGUGUUGUGGACAAGGCUGACCUGCCCGGAGUCCUUCAUGCUUACAAUGACGCACUCACCCAGACCUUCAUUGUCGGUGCGGCUGUGGCAUCUAUCAGUAUGAUCGGCGCUUUGGGUGUAGAGUGGAAGAGUGUCAAGGGGAAGGAUCUUGGCCCUGGAGGAGCAUGA